CGAAAUUGUUUUAGAGAGCAGCUUGCAGAAAAUACUCCUUGAACACAAAAAUCUAGAUGCCCACAGUAAGAAAUCAGUUAACUCCUCUGUGCACUUAGUCCUCUGCAUCUGUACUGGAGCCCAUGUUGGUCACAGGUACCAAACCAAAGAUGUCCUCAACAAGAACGAUUCUCCUCAUCCUGGGAUUCCUCUCUACUUUGGCUGUAAUUGCUUUAAUUGCUGUAGCAGUCACCCAAAACCAGCCACUUCCGAAGAAUAUUAAGUAUGGGAUCGUGCUGGAUGCGGGCUCGUCCCACACCAACCUCUACGUGUACGAGUGGCCAGCAGAGAAGGAGAACGACACCGGGGUGGUGAAGCAGGUGGAGGUGUGUAAAGUUGAAGGCCCUGGGAUCUCAGGUUACUCCCAUGCCACAGAGAAGGCAGGUCCCUCUCUGGCACAGUGCCUACAACAAGCAAAAGAGGUGAUUCCCUCAGCACAGCACAAAGAGACACCCGUCUACCUCGGAGCAACUGCUGGCAUGCGGCUCCUCAGGUUGCAGAAUGAAAGUGCAGCUGACAAAGUCUUGUCCUCAGUAGGAAACACACUACGCUCAGCUCCCUUCAACUUCCAGGGUGCCAGAAUCAUCACUGGUCAGGAAGAAGGAGCCUAUGGAUGGAUCACCAUUAACUACCUUCUGGGCAAUUUCAAGCAGUCUGGCUGGAAAAAGCUUCUACACUCCCUGAAAUCCUCAAGUGAGACAUCAGGAGCACUAGACCUUGGAGGAGCCUCCACACAGAUUACCUUUGUAUCAAAGGACCUCUCUUCUGAGUCCCCAGAGAACCAGCUCUACUUCCGUCUCUAUGGCAAGGAUUACCAAGUGUACACGCACAGCUUUCUCUGCUAUGGGAAGGACCAGGCUCUGCAACAGAAACUGGCCAGGGAUCUACAGACCGUGGAGAACAGCAGCCUACCCGACCCAUGCUUUCACAAGGGUUAUGAGAGGACUAUAAAUAUUAGGGACUUCUUCAAAAACCCUUGCACAUCAGACAAGGAGAAGCAAUUACCUUUCAGCCAGCUGUACAUAAAGGGAGAGGGGGACUAUCAAAAGUGCCGAGAAAAUAUCCAGAAACUCUUCAACAAGAGCAACUGUCCUUACUCCCAUUGCUCCUUCAAUGGGAUAUACCUACCUCCAUUACAAGGGGAUUUUGGGGCUUUUUCUGCUUUCUAUUUUGUGAUGAACUUUUUGAACCUGACCAGUGAACCAAACCCCCUUGCCCUGAACAAAGUGACCAGCACCAUUGAGAGCUUCUGUGCCCAGCCUUGGCAAGAGGUGAAGACAGCAUAUCACCACAUCAAAGAGAAGUACCUGAGUGAAUAUUGCUUCUCUGGAGCCUACAUCCUCUCUCUCCUGGAGAACGGCUAUGAGUUCACUGAAAAUAACUGGCAAAUGAUCCACUUCCUCGGAAAGAUCGGCAGCAGUGACGCAGGUUGGACCCUGGGCUACAUGCUGAACCUGACCAACAUGAUCCCCGCAGAGGAGCCGGCCGGGCCCCCUCUCUCCCACGGCAGCUACGUGGGGCUGAUGGUGCUGUGCUCCCUGGUGCUGGUGUCUGUGCUCCUGUUUGCCUGGCUUCUCCUCCACAAGCCCAAGUGCCUGCAGAAGGGGAUUGUUUAGGAAGAACCUGAAGGGGAGAGGAGGCAAGUCAUCCCGGCUGCUCAGGGCUAGGAGACCCCAGCAGAGCAGGCUGUACUGCAGAGCCCCUCUCAACGAAGCUACUGACUUUACAACAAGGGCAUUCGUUUCUUCUGAAUCACACUUGCACUGACAGAUGUUGGAACAUCAGGCUCGCCACCUUCUCUGCCAAGGACAGACAAGCCCAUGUCCCCUCCUUGAAUGGGUCGUACUUUCAUUCAAUGAAACUUUGCUGCUUGUUGGUUUCUGCCUUGUGCACAGCAUUAUAAAGAGAAAAGUGGCGGCGAUCUUUGGGAGCCAGUGCUCCUGCAAGGGUUAUCUCAGGGUCACACAUCCCACUGAGCUCUUGGGAGCUAUCACAUACAGGGUGAUCCUGCUCCCUCUCCGCUGAAGCUGUUCCCAAGAGCCCUUUCUGCACCAGCACUCCUCUGCUCACCUCCCUGCGCCCUGAGCUCUCACGGCCCUACAGCUGGCUACAGCUCUUGCACCUGGCUGCCCCUGAAGGUGGGUCAGGCUCCCAAAUGCCACUCUGGGACAAGAAGGGACGAGGAUGAAGAAACUGAGCAUGCUUGUGGUUAUCAGCCCUUAGCUGGGCUCUGUCAGCUGUCAGCUCCUUUUGCAGGUGGCAAAAUGCCUUUUUCCCAUGUCUUCCUGAUGUUGUUGCUGGACCAAAGCUGGCUCACUGUUGCACUGAGCCAUUCCCACGUCCCUAAGGUACAUCAAGCCACAAGUUCCCAGCCAGGCACUGCUCCUUUUUGUAGGAAGAGCUUGUAUUAGCCCAGGUUCCUUGGCCGGUGGUGAUUGUGGAUGCCUGCAGGGACUCCGGUGUGAUCAGUGUGCCCUCAGGUACAGACCCACUAAAGCAACCCAGGGUCGCUGUGCUGUUAACACAGCAGCUUCCAGUCUAGGGCAAGUGUUUAUUAGUUAAUGUUCCUGUAGGCAGCUGGCAGCAGUUAACCAGCAUGAGCAUGCACAGAUUGAACCACUCUUUCCACCAGCAAAAUUAGUGAAGGUUUGCCUUGCCUUUCCUCAUAGCACAGGCUUAUCCUACGGCCAUAAGACCCAGGGCUUGUGAGUGCACAUACUGCAGCUCAUGUUCUAGCACACAACCCGGACGAUGCCACUGAUUGAGUUUAUGAAUCACUUUCUUCCAUUUUCCAUUUCUUGGUCCAAAAAAAAGAGAGGUAAGUCAGAAAUCCAUUUUUGUAAAAACACUCAGAAACCACCGGUGCCUGUCUACCUCCCACAAAAUCUCAGAAAUCUCUUCUCGUAAUGACCUGUAAAUGUGGAGGCAAGAAGAAAGCAGAUAGUGUAGAGAGGAAGGCAAAUAGCAAACACACACCUGUUUCCCCGAGCAGAGGUGUAGGCAGUGUGGAGGGGGUCAGGAUGUGCAACCCCAGUAAUGCCUUCUCCUUUUGGCAAGCACCGAGCUCUCCCAGCCUGUCCCUCUGCAUAGCCCAGGCUGGAAAAUGUCACCCAGUUAUUUCUACUUCAUGUCUGGAAGUAGAAGCCCUAAAAUAUUGAAGGACCUAAAGGUAAGGGAAAAAUCUACCCUGUCCCAAGAUCUCUGGGCAGACCAUUGUUCUUUCAAAAAUCUGUGACCUAUUUUUGCUCUGAAUUAGCUGGCUUCAUCUUCUCUUGGAUCUUGUUCUGCCCAUUUCCAAAAGACUGAGUAUCUCUGCUAUUAAAAUCUCUUUUUCCUUGUU